AUGGCGAGCCAUGCGCCCGGCUCGGCGGCUCACGCCCUGUACACCGCACUCGCCUCAUCAUCCUCGUCGACCUCAUCGAGUCGACACGGCGUCGACGAGGCUCUCAAGCUCGUGCGGGACCUCCUGCCGCCCAACGCACCCCUCUCGGUCGCCCAGGCACCUGCCCCACUCGCCAACCUCGACCGCGACCCUCUCCCCACCCUCCUCUCGCCGCCGACCCCGUCCACCUCGACCGCCUCGGCCGCACCGCCUGCGUCCCACUCGAGCACGAGCCCGAGCACAAGCACGAGCGCUGUCGCAUGGCUACACUCGUCGCUCAAGGACCACGACCGCGCCGCGUUCGCCCUCCAGGUCCUCCAGAGCGCUCGAUCCGACGCCGAGAUCCAGGACGACCUACUCGACAUCUGGGGCUUCGACGGCCUGGACGACAUCGCAGAAGCCGUCAAGCGCCGCGCCGACAUCGUCGCCGAGGCGGGCGCACUCGCCGAGCACGUCGAGCGCCGCAGCGCCGAGCAGUCGGCGCACCUCUCGUCGGCGCCGCACGCGCGCGACUACGUCCCCGGGUCGCAGCUCACGUUCGCGACGGCCGAGGAGGUCCAGGCGGCCAAGCAGGCGCGCAAGGCGGCCAAGCGGGACAAGGGCAAGGGCCGGGCAGACGGCGCAGACGGCGAGCCGGACGUCGAGGAGUGGUUGAGGAUCAGGGAGGAGCAGCUCGCGAGGGGCCCGGGCGCGCUCGUGUCGGGCAAAAGGGCCGCCGUCGAGGACGCACCGCAGUACCCGAACGUCUACAUCUCGGCCAAGAACUCGGGCCUGGGUCUCGCCGGCCAGAAGCUCGCCAUGCCCGUCGGUACGACCCGGGACAUCAUGGAGUACUACGAGGAGAUCACGAUCCCGGCACCAAAAGCCGUGCCUUUCCGCUUCAACGAGAAGCUCGUGCCGAUCUCGGACAUGGAUCCCUGGGGCAAGCGCACCUUCCACGCGUACAAGACGCUCAAUCGGCUGCAGUCGAUCGUCUUCCCUGUCGGCUACAAGUCGAACGAGAACAUGCUCGUGUGCGCGCCGACCGGUGCCGGCAAAACCGACGUCGCCCUCCUCACCAUCCUGCGCUGCCUGUCGCAACUCGCCUCGCAACCCCUCACCUCGCUCUCGGCACCUCCCUCCCUUCCUCCUGCCUCGUCCUACAAGAUCGUCUACGUCGCGCCGCUCAAGGCGCUCGCCGCCGAGGUGACGCAAAAGUUCGCCAAGCGGCUCGCGUGGGCCGGCGUCCGGGUGCGCGAGUUGACGGGCGACAUGAAGCUCACGCGCAAGGAGGUCGACGAGACGGGCGUCAUCGUCACGACGCCGGAGAAGUGGGACGUCGUGACGCGCAAGGGCGCCGGGAGCGGCGAUGGUGACGUGGCCGAGAAGGUCAAGCUCCUCAUCAUCGAUGAGGUCCAUCUCCUGCACGAGGACCGAGGCGCCGUCAUCGAGUCGAUCGUCGCCCGCACCCAGCGCCAGGUCGAGAGCAUGCAGAGCCUCAUCCGCAUCGUCGGCCUGUCGGCCACCUUGCCCAACUACGUCGACGUCGCCGACUUUCUCGGUGUCAACCGGCACACCGGCCUCUUCUUCUUCGACUCGUCGUUCCGCCCGGUCCCGCUCGAGCAGCACUUUGUCGGCGUCAAGGGCAAGCCGGGCUCGAUGCAGUCGCGCACCAAUCUCGACCAGGCCGCGUUCGACAAGGUCGCCCAGCUCGUCAAGGACGGCCACCAGUGCAUGGUGUUUGUCCACGCUCGCAAGGACACGGUCAAGACGGCCCAGACCUUGCGCGAGAAGGCCAUGGCCGAGGGCAUCAUCGACCUGCUCGACCCGAACGUCGGCGACGACACGAGCGGCAAGUGGCAAGGGUUCCAGCGCGACCUCGCCGGGAGCCGCAACCGCGAGAUGAAGGAGCUCGCCGCGAGCGGGUUCGGCAUCCACCACGCCGGCAUGCUCCGCUCGGACCGCAACAUCUCGGAGCGCAUGUUUGAGAACAACGUCACCAAGGUCCUGUGCUGCACGGCCACCCUCGCGUGGGGCGUCAACUUGCCCGCCUACGCUGUCGUCAUCAAGGGCACGCAGGUGUACGACGCCGGCAAGGGCGCCUUUGUCGACCUGAGCAUCCUCGACGUCCUCCAGAUUUUUGGUCGCGCCGGUCGCCCGCAGUACGAGGACCAAGGUGUCGGCUACAUCUGCACGACGAGCGACAAGCUCGACCACUACGUCUCGACCAUCACGCAGCAGCAUCCGAUCGAGUCCAAGUUCAUCGCCGGCCUCGUCGACUCGCUCAACGCCGAGAUCAGCCUCGGCACCGUCACCAACAUGGACGAGGGCGUGCGGUGGCUCGGCUACUCGUACCUGUUCGUGCGCAUGCGCAAGAACCCGCUCCUGUACGGCAUGGUGGCCGCCGAGGUCGAGCAGGACCCGCUCCUCGGCAGCAAGCGCCUCGCGCUCAUCAACACGGCCGCGAAGCGCCUCGUCGAGGUCCAGAUGAUCAAGCACGACCCGGACCUGGGCACGUUCACGCCGACCGACCUCGGCCGCAUCGCCGCACGGUACUACAUCCGCGACGCGUCCAUCGAGAUCUUCAACAAGAUGUUCAGGCCCCGCAUGAGCGAGGCCGACGUCCUCGCCCUCAUCGCGGCGAGCGUCGAGUUUGCCCAGAUCCAGGUCCGCGAGAACGAGGUCGAGGAGCUCAAGAAGCUCAUCGAGACGUCGUGCCCGUGCCAGGUGCGCGGCGGGACCGACACGAGCGGCGGCAAGGUCAACGUCCUCCUCCAGGCCUACAUCUCGCGCGCCUACAUCGAGGACUUUGCGCUCGUGUCCGACACGGGCUACGUCGCGCAGAACGCCGGCCGCAUCGUGCGCGCGCUCCUCGAGAUCGCCAUGGCCAAGCGGUGGGCGCCCGUCACGCUCACGCUCCUCAACAUGAGCAAGUCGAUCGAGAAGCGCAUGUGGCCGUUCAGCCACCCGUUGGCCCAGUUCAGCCUGCCGCCCGACCUCCUGUACAACAUCGAGCGCUGGGCCGACGACAUCCCGAUCACCGACAUCGCCGUCAUGUCCGACGCCGACUUUGGCGCCCUCGUCCACCAGAACGCCCGCCUCGGCAGCUUUGCCGUCGCCGCCGCCCGCCAGUUCCCGUCGCUCGCCAUCUCGGCGACGCUGCAACCUCUCGCGCACGACCUCCUCCGGGUCCGGAUCGAGCUGCGCAAGACGUUCGAGUGGUCCGAGAAGCAGCACGGGUCGCUUGAGGCGUUCUGGGUCUGGGUCGAGGACGACGAGAACCUGUCGAUCCUUCAGCUCGCGCGCACGCUCGUGCGGCCGCACUCGACGACGAUCCACCUCACGUUCACCAUCCCUGUCGCCAAGGCGCCCAAGUCGCUGUGCGUGCGCGCCAUCUCGGACCGCUGGAUCGGCGCCGAGGAGGAGCAUUACGUCGACCUGGACGGGCUCGUCCUCCCGCCCGUCGCGCCGCCGCAUCUCCCGCUCCUCGACCUUCCUCUCGUCGCGACCGGCGACGCCCUCGGCAAGCAGCCGCACUUGCGCGACCUGUACGGCCACGAGACGCCGACGCUCGACCCGGCGCAGACGCAGGCGUUCCACACGGUCUUCCACUCGUCGAGCAACGUCCUCCUGUGCUCGCCGUCCGCCCCGAGCCGUGGCACCCUCCUCGAGCUCGCCAUGUGGCGCACUUUCGGCAUCAAGCCGUCGUCGCGCGUUCUCUUCCUCACGCCGCGCAAGGCUCUCGCGCGCCAGGUCACCUUCCGCCUCAAGCAGGCUUUCACCCGCACCUCCUCGAUCCCCGUCUACCUCGUCACGCGCGACGCCGACGCCGACAGCGUCGUCUCGGCCUCGCCCGCCAUCGGCGUCUCGUCCCCGAACCCGCUCCUUCGUCGGCUCCGCCGCGAGCCGAGCCCAUUCUCGAGCCUCGACCUCGUCGUCGCACACGACCUGCACGCGCUUGACCCGGCGUACGAGCUCGUCCUCGCGCGCCUGCGGUGGGCCUACCCGGGCGUGCGCAUCGUCGGCUCGAGCGCGUCGCUCGCCGACGCGACGAGCCUCGCCGAGUGGCUCGACGUGCCCGAGCACGCGACGUACUCGUUCUCGCCCGGCACGCGCACGUCGGCGCUCACGACCAACCUGCAGCCGUUCUCGUCGCCGCACUCGUUUGCGCUCCUGCGCCAGAUGGUCAAGCCGGCGUACGACGCGAUGCGCACGGCGUCGGGCGGCACGAUCGCGUUCGUCCCGUCGAGGUCGCAGUGCCGCGCGACGGCCAAGGACCUCGUCACGCAGUCGGCGGGCGACCUCGAGAGCUCGUUCGUCGCCGACGGCGCGCUCGAGACGGUGUCGACGUACGCCGAGACGGUGACGGACCCGGACCUCGCCGAGGCCCUGACGCACGGCAUCGCCGUCUUCCACGAGGGCCUGCCCGCCGCCGAGCAGCGCCUCGCGCUCGAGCUGUUCGGGUCGGGCGUCGUGCGGGUCCUCGUCGCGUCGCGCGAGGCGUGCUGGACGCUGCCCGUGCGCGCGAGCCUCGUCGUGCUCAUGAGCGCGCAGUACGUCGCGCUGCGCACGGGUGACGACGGGCAGGAGGAGCGCGAGAUCCAGGACUACGGCAUGCCCGAGGUGCUGCAGAUGCAGUCGCUCGCCGUCCCUCCCUCGCCCGAGUCGAGCGCCGAGUUCCUCGUCCUGUGUCAGAAGGACCAGAGCGAGCUGUACGACAAGUACCUGCAGCACGGCGUCGUCCUCGAGUCGGCGCUCCCGCUCGACCCGCUCCUCGCCGCGACCGUGUUCGGCGACAUCGUCGACGGCCGCAUCCAGGACCGCCAGGACCUCGUCGACCUCCUCUCGUGGACGCUCGCCGCCCGCCGCCUCGACGCCAACCCCUCGUUCUACCUCCCCGACCUCGCCACCUCGUCCUCGUCCUCGUCGUCGUCGUCGUUCGAGGACCUCCUGUCGCGCCUCGCCGACUCGGUCGUCGACGAGCUCGAGCGCCGCUGCGCCAUCCUCCCGAGCGGGCCCACCGAAUUUGCCCAGUCGCUCCUCGGGCGGUACUACGCCUCGGCCGGCGUCUCGCUCGACGAGAUCGAGCGGCUCCAGGGCCUCGAGCUUUGCGAGCUCGUCAAGGGCGCCGGCGGCGCCGGCAAGGCGCCCAAGAAGCGCGUGCCCGUACCGCCUGCGCACAAGGUCAACGGCGACGCGGCGGCGGCGGUCGGGCUGAACGGUGACGGCGGAGCGGCACCUGAGCAGCAAGAGGGCGCCGAGGCCAAGGGGCCAGCGCUCGCGCAGGACGCCAACCUCUUGGCGUUCCACCAGCGGCUCCCUCGCGCCGUCAAGAACGUCGUCGGCGACCGCGGCGAGCUCGACCUCGUCGAGUGGGAGCGCCGCGUGCUCCUCGGCGCGUUCCGUGCCGGAAGGGUCCCGAGGGGCAAGGGCGGGCUCGAGGACAAGCAGCGCGAGUUGGUCGAGCGUGUCGUGAGGAGCCGGGUUUAG